GAAAAGACUGUGGGAGGAGAAUGGAAGGGAGUACAAGAUGGUCUUUGCUGGGCAUUCUUUGGGGUCAGGGGUUGCAUCUCUAUUGAGUGUGAUUGUGGCAAACCAUGGGAAUAAAUUAGGGGGUAUUCCGAGGAAUUUGGUGAGGUGUUACGCUGUGGCGCCGGCUCGUUGUAUGUCUCUGAACUUGGCCGUGAAGUAUGCUGAUAUUAUACAUUCCGUUGUGUUGCAGGAUGAUUUCUUGCCCAGAACUCCGACUCCAUUGGAAGACAUUUUCAAGUCCAUCUUCUGUUUGCCCUGCUUAUUGUUUCUCGUCUGCCUGAGGGAUACAUUCAUACCUGAAGGUAGAAAGCUCAGAGAUCCAAGAAGACUAUAUGCACCUGGUCGGGUAUACCACAUCGUGGAAAGAAAAUUUUGCAGAUGUGGAAGGUUUCCUCCAGAGAUUAGAACAGCUAUUCCUGUGGAUGGAAGAUUUGAGCAUAUUGUCUUAUCAUGCAAUGCUACCUCGGAUCAUGCUAUUAUUUGGAUAGAACGAGAGGCAGAAAAAGCCUUAGAAUGCUUGAAGGAGCACAGCACAGAAACAAUAACAACUCCUCCUAAAGUACAGAAGCUUGAUAGGAAGCUGACGUUGGAGAAAGAACAUAAGGAUGCAUUGGAGAGAGCUCUAAGUCUAAAUAUACCUCACGCUGUAGCGUCUUGCGAAGAAGAAGCCUCCAGCAACACGGAAGAGGGAUCUUUGGUGCCCAAAAGUGUGGAUGUGGUUGACGACAAACCUUCCUCAGAAAAGUCAUUUUGCAAAACCGCUAGAACCAAUUGGAAUGACAUAGUUGAGAAGCUUUUCAAAAGAGAUGAAUCAGGACAAUUGCUAUUGAACAGAGAUGCCUCGGUUACAGAGAAAUAAUCCUCAUCGGCUUUGCUCAAGCAAAGGUUAGGAAGAAAAAGAAAUUCCAUCUGGUUACUUUUCCUACCAUUCUUUUCUGUACAAAAGCUUGUACAAAUAUUUCUCUGGUAGUUCUAUUGUAAAUUUAGCGUGCAGAGUGCUGUGUGUUUAGAGAAGAGCAUGAUAUUUAAAAGGAUAUUAUUUUACUUCCAA